AGUUGGUGUCAUACAAGAGUCUAUUUACACUGACUAAAGAUAUUGGAAGUGCGAAGAUCAGAGAAUUUUAAGUCUGAAAUUUGGCAUCACUGCCCUGAACAAUAUAACCUUAGUUGGCAUAAACUACUCAUACAGACAAAGGCAUUAUCCAUCACAAUAAGUAACUUUUUGUCUUUAUUUCAACCGGACAAUUGUGAUUGGAAAAGCUCCCGUGACAAAAUUCAAGAAAAUCUGACAUAAAUGAACAACAACACAACAUGUAUUCAACCAUCUAUGAUCUCUUCCAUGGCUUUACCAAUCAUUUACAUCCUCCUUUGUAUUGUUGGUGUUUUUGGAAACUCUCUCUCUCAAUGGAUAUUUUUAACAAAAAUAGGUAAAAAAACAUCAACGCACAUCUACCUGUCACACCUUGUGACUGCAAACUUACUUGUGUGCAGCGCCAUGCCUUUCAUGAGUAUCUAUUUCCUGAAAGGUUUCCAAUGGGAAUAUCAAUCUGCUCAAUGCAGAGUGGUCAAUUUUCUGGGAACUCUAUCCAUGCAUGUAAGUAUGUUUGUCAGCCUCUUAAUUUUAAGCUGGAUUGCCGUAAGCCGCUAUGCUACCUUAAUGCAAAAGGAUUCCUUGCAAGAGACUACUUCGUGCUAUGAGAAAAUAUUUUAUGGCCAUUUACUGAAAAAAUUUCGCCAGCCCAACUUUGCUAGAAAACUAUGCAUUUACAUAUGGGGAGUUGUACUGGGCAUAAUUAUUCCAGUUACUAUAUACUACUCAGUCAUAGAGGCUACAGAAGGAGAAGAAAGCCUAUGCUACAAUCGGCAAAUGGAACUAGGAGCCAUGAUCUCUCAGAUUGCAGGUCUCAUUGGAACCACAUUUAUUGGAUUUUCCUUUUUAGUAGUACUAACAUCAUACUACUCUUUUGUAAGCCAUCUGAGAAAAAUAAGAACCUGUACAUCCAUUAUGGAGAAAGAUUUGACUUACAGUUCUGUGAAAAGACAUCUUUUGGUCAUCCAGAUUCUACUAAUAGUUUGCUUCCUUCCUUAUAGUAUUUUUAAACCCAUUUUUUAUGUUCUACAUCAAAGAGAUAACUGUCAGCAACUGAAUUAUUUAAUAGAAACAAAAAACAUCCUCACCUGUCUUGCUUCGGCCAGAAGUAGCACAGACCCCAUUAUAUUUCUUUUAUUAGAUAAAACAUUCAAGAAGACAUUAUAUAAUCUCUUUACAAAGUCUAAUUCAGCACACAUGCAAUCAUAUGGUUGACUUUUGAAUGGAAAACCCCACAAUAUAGAAAAGCAUUCAUGUGACUUUAUUAGGGACACUAAACUACAUCAUUAACAUGUCACAGCUUGGUUGACAAUAACCACCAAGAAAAUCUCUUUGGUUUUUAAAAAUAAAUAAAUAUAUAUUCAUAAAACUC